AACUCUGACCCCCUCUUUCACUCUUUCAGUUGGUAUGUGAUUGGUUCCUAGAUGCCUCACGGCUGCAAAAAUAUGGCGCUUUGAAAUCGGAUGAAUCUUUUUGAAUCACCCUUUGUAUAUGUUGUCAUAAAUAUAUACUUAAACUGAGUAUGAAUGAUUGUUACCAUGAAUUGUCACGGUUCAGGAUUUAGUGUUUAUUUAGAGGGUUUACAAGGUUGCUUGUGCUUGAUUGCAUCUCAACAAUGUGAACAGGGUCAGCAUGGAAUGGAUGACAAAUCUAUUGCUGUUGCUACUGUGGUAGCAGCAGUGGACCAGGCACGAAGUCACCAGCCACACUGUGAUAAUAUUGAGCUGUCCAGUGCAGAGGCAACUUGGUCAACUGAACAGUUCUUAUCUUUUCAAGAGCAGGGUGGAAAAAGACCAGGUGCUGUGACUGCAGUGCUUAUUCCUGGAGACCAAGGCUAUUCACACGGCCGUAUGCAUGCUGAGGGUGAUCGUGUUGAAGAAAGAUUCUUAGAACAUGAGUUAAACCAGCAAGUCAAACUAAGUGUGGGGCAGCAGGCCGCUUCUAAAACAAUGAGAACGAAGGCUGUGCACAUGCCCACUGCUACACAUGCAACCACCACGGACCAUAUCUCUCAGAUUCAAAGAACUAAAGAGAUUGCAUCCCAGGUGGAUACUGGCCUUGCCCCAUCACCAGUUCCACAUUUCACAGUUUCUAAAGUUACUGUUCCUAAACCAGAUCAUAGCCAUGAGGUAAGCAUGGGUGGUAUCAAGCUCAGCUCAAAUAUCUUACAGUACACGUAAACAAUUUACAGUAUUUAAACAAAGUAUUGACAGUAGCUUUUAAUAAUAAGCAGAUUGCAAUUAUUUAAUAUAAUGAACAUCCUAAACGUCUAAUGACGUGAUACCAGAUUUUGUCCCCUCAUUCAGAUUGUUAGUGUGGCUCAGUUUAGGGUGCUGUAUUUUAAGUAAACAUGAGAUGGAUGGGCACAAAUGCUGGCCACUCAAUUCGGAGAUAACAUGCCAUGUGAUGGUCUUAAAAUAGAACGACAUGCUGAGAGGUGAUAAGCAUAGGUCACCGCUUACCCUUUAUCUUCUGAAGCAUUAAUUAUCCUUUGAUUGAACUAUUUUUUAAAUUGAAAAUGAUAUAUAAAGUCAUGUGUCAUUUAAUAUGCUAAAUUAUAAUACUGUGCAGAAG